GCAGCACACAAAAACAGAUUACAGCGUCACAUGGUGGCCCCUUCCAAAUGGUGGCUUCCAGUAACCUACUUCCCCCUCUGAGGUAUCCCAUCAUUCAUCUGGAGUAGGCGUAGGCUCACGCAGCAGCAGCAGCAGCAGCAGCAGCAGCAGCAUCACAAAGGUUCAGCUCCUCCCUUGCUGUGUGCUGGAGGAAGGAGGGAGGGAGGAAGGGAGAGGAUCAGGGUCAGAUGAAUUGUAGUCUGAGUGACGGAGGAUGUGCAAAUGAAGAGGUGAACGUGUGUGAGAGAGAGGACGAAGAAACAGGGAGGGUUAGAAAGAGAGGCAGGAGGAGGAGGAAAGGGACAUAAAGAGAGGAAGGAAAAAGGGGGGCAGGAGGACACAAAAAAAGAGACAGAGCAGAGAAAAAAAAGGACAAGACAGGACAAGAGGAUCCACGCUUGGAGGGAAGAUGGCUGAGCCAGAGCUGAAAUCGAGGAGCAGCCGGGAGAGCGUUGCCAAGGCGGCGAGCCAGGAGAAGAUGGGAGCGACUGAAGCAGAACCAGACCAAGAUGGCCAAAUCGUGGAGCAUCCAGCGUCUCCAUCCUCCCCCAUGGUCCCCGUUCCCGCCGCCGCCAGCCCCACCGCCAGCCAGCCCGGCAAAGGUGAGAAGAUCGAGCUGAAACGCAGCAUCACCCUCUUCAACGGCGUGGGGAUGAUCAUCGGCACCAUCAUCGGCUCGGGCAUCUUCGUCAGCCCGACCGGCGUGGUGAAGGAGACGGGUUCAGCCGGGCUCUCGCUCGUCGUCUGGGCGGCCUGCGGCGUGGUGUCCACCAUGGGCGCCCUCUGCUACGCCGAGCUGGGCACCACCAUCACCAAGUCCGGGGGAGACUACACUUACAUCCUGGAGGUGUACGGCGAGCUGGCGGCCUUCCUGAAGCUGUGGGUGGAGAUGCUCAUCAUCCGGCCUUCCUCUCAGUACGUGGUGUCGCUGGUGUUCGCCACCUACCUGCUCAAACCUCUCUACCCCAGCUGCACCGUGCCCGAAAGCGCCGUCAAGCUCAUCGCCUGCUUGUGUCUUACCUCUCUGACGUUUGUAAACUGCAUCAGUGUCCGGGCGGCCACCAAGGUCCAGGAUCUGUUCACAGCUUCCAAACUGCUCGCUCUGGUCAUCAUCAUCCUCUUUGGCUUCAUUCAGAUCUUCACAGGUGAUGUGCCCUAUCUGACACCAGAAAAGGCAUUUGAAGGCAGUAAAAUGGGGGUGGACAACAUCGUCUUGGCUCUGUACAGCGGUCUCUUUGCUUUCGGAGGCUGGAAUUACCUGAAUUAUGUAACAGAGGAGAUGAUCAAUCCAGAGAGGAACCUGCCCUUGUCCAUCAUCAUUUCCAUGCCGAUAGUGACGAUCGUGUACGUUCUGACCAACCUGGCCUACUUCACCACCAUCCCUCCUCAGGUCAUGGUGGAGUCCGAGGCCGUUGCCGUGAGUUUUGGAGAGUACCACCUGGGUGUGAUGUCCUGGCUGAUUCCUGUCUUUGUGGGACUGUCCUGCUUCGGAGCUGUCAACGGGUCUCUGUUCACUUCAGCACGGUUGUUCUAUGCUGGAGCUCGAGAAGGUCAGCUCCCUGCUGCUCUGGGAUUAGUCCACACCGACCUGUUCACACCGGUGCCAUCCCUCAUUUUCACAUGUUUCCUGUCCAUGAUGUAUGCCAUCUCUCAGGACAUCUUCUCCGUCAUCAACCUCUUCAGCUUCUUCACCUGGCUCUGCGUUGGCAUGGCCAUCGCUGGCAUGCUCUGGCUGCGCAUCACCAAACCUGACCUCAGGAGGCCCAUUAAGGUGUAUCUGUUCAUCCCCGUCAUCUUCGUGUUGGGUUGCGUCUUCAUGAUCGUCGUGUCCUUCUGGGCGGCUCCGUUCGAGUGCCUGGUCGGCUGCAGCAUCAUUCUCACAGGAAUCCCAGCAUACCUCCUGGGCUACAAGUGGAAGAAACCUCAUGUGGUCAAGAAGAUGCUGGAAAUCUUCACCAUGUUCUGUCAGAAGAUCUUCAUGUCUGUUCCUGAGGAGAGGGAGCAGCAUGCGGCGGCGGAAUAAUGCCGGAAAACAAAGCAGACAAGACGAGAGACUGAGUCGAUUUUUUUUGUCUGAACAUUCUUGUAACAUUUACAUUCAUUCACUUGUGAAUUGGCUAUUAUAUAUUUUUUUAAACCCUUUAUCUAAGCAGGCUGGUAACUGUGGGGGGAAAUCAUUCACUAAAGUGGCCUGGAAAGCUUGGUUAAAGGAGGGUUUAUGUGAACUCAUGGGAUAUUUUAUGAACACUACAAAUCGUUUAAAAUGUCAAAAAAAGGUCUAAUCUUAGUCAAGAUUUGACAUUUAGACACUUUCCACAGCUUUUAUUUAACAAUUAUACCUCCUUUAAUGGUGAAACAUGUUGCAUCUCGGUCGAUGGAGAGUCAUACUUUGAUUUGUUUUCCUUUCAGAUAUACUGCAAACACAAAAUCAGAAGCUGCACACGGUUUUCUCUAGUGGCCUAAAACACUGAAGUUUACUGUUCCCCUCAAGUGUACAAAUGAGUAGUUUAGAGAGAGAAGGAAAAGCUUUAGAGUUGUGUUUUUUUUUACAUUUGAUUAAACUAACAAUGAAACUAAACAUAGAUUACAAUAGUUUAGGGUUCUAAAGAAUGUGAAAUCUAAUAAUCUUUCAGUUAAAACUGAGGAUUUUGACUAAUCUGUAGCAAAUAAAGACCUCAGACAGGAACAGCGAGGUCAGAUUUGGACGUAUAACACUAGCACUGACUAGCACUGAUGACAGUAUACUCCUACUAACAUUUGUCAAUUUCCAUAUUUGUAUUUUUUUGUAUUCAUUUCUACAAUAAAUCUGCAGCACUGUCUUGAAGCACAAACUAAAGUGACAUAAAACAGUGUAACGUUUCCCUACGACAUGUUUGCUGUGAAGCAGGUCUGUCUCUUGUAUCAUUUCGCUCCGAUAUUAAACCCUUUCAGCUGCUGACGUCACGAUACUUGAUGAAAUGAUGACGGAAACCAGCACCUCUGUCUGUGAGGCUUUAUUAUGGGCAGCCGAGGAUCUGUGUACAUAUCACUGUAGUGGCUGAAUCCAGUGUUAGUGUUUGUAUCGAAUGUAUCUGUGCUGAUUUUCUUCUAUUUUCUCUUGUUUUAUUGUCACUAUAAGACCAAAAUGAAUGUUGCAACUUCA